GCCUUCGGCAUCCUCUUCCUGACGGCGGGGUUCUACGAGCUGAAGUUCUGGACCGAGAGCGAGUCGAGGGCUCCCGGCGACUUCGGCGACCCCGCAGGGUGGACGACCACCUUCGGAGGCGUCCAGUUCGACGACGAGCUCCGCAAUCGCGAGCUCAACAACGGCCGCUUCUCGAUGUUCGCAGUCAUCGGGAUCCUGGUGGCGGAGCAGUGGACCGGCCUGGACGGGGUUGACCAGUUCGAUGCCGCCAUGAAGCGAUGGCAGGGGCCGUUCGAGAACCCCGAGAAGCCGAACGCCGUGGCCAAGGAGGACAACGGCGGCUGGAGUGACAGAUGCCAGAUCAGCCGCGACAACGGCAGUGCAGACAGCUUCGCGAUCGACUCCCGCGAGCUCGUUCCACCGCCGCAAGAUGCGACCGAGCCGGUGAAAUUCGACUUCGACGCGAACGCCCCCGACAUUGGGUGUCCAGGGUACAUGCCGAAGAAGUCAGAUACCGAUUCCGAUAGAUAUUUCGAGGGUCCGAGUCGCGCGACCAGAUGCGUGCGCGUCAGCGCAUGCACCUGCAACAUCAGGCAGCGGCGCCAGCUGCCGCGGUGGCGCUACGUCAGCAGGGCCCCGCGAACCUCCGGCGUCUUCCUCGACGCCGCGCAGAUCCACCGCUCGUCCCAGAAUUACUUGCUGAACAAGCGGGAAGGCGCGCUGAUCUACGGCGACAGUAGCAUCCAGCCCGGCGUCCACUGCUACCGGUCCGCGCUUGCCCCUCGUCUCAAUAUCUGGGACAUCGCUGGCAGCGACCAUGUGGAGGCUUUGUGGCUCACCGUAUUUUCUGCUUGUGGGAACGCGGUCUUCGCCGCGGACUGGAUGCCUGUCCUUGAUGGUUGGACCGCCGAGACGUAUCUCAAUCCCACAC